AUGGACAAAAAGAAAACAAACAUCCCCGUCCAUAGAAAGUCUAAAAGCACCUCUCGUAUAAGCAUGAAAGUUCCUAUCCAGCAAAAAUUGUCAGAAGAGGAACCUGUGCCGCCGAAUACACAGGUCACCGCAUCGAAACGUCAAUUAUCAAAAGCAACGAGCAGUGUGCUACCAUUUGGAAGACCAUCACUGAAGAAGGCAUCAACAGUACGAUCACGGCGACGUCAUCACUUGACGGUACCUCCUAUUCGACGAUGCUUGUUUGAAAAACGCGAAUCUGAUUCUUCUAGUUCCCACUCGGUGCAAGAUACUGCAACACAAUUAAGCAAAAUGAAAAUCAUCGAGAAGAGCAGACAAAGAGCGAAAGUAACGAAGAAACCGGACGAGGAUAUGAGCUUAAUCUAUGAGUCGACUACACCUGUUGACUCAGAAGAAAUCGAUUCAAACAUUCGUACAGCUUGUGAUGUGAGCGUUUAUGAGAGGAAUAUAACUUCAUGUAUCAAAGAUUUCGCCGAAAAGUGCAAAAAUCUUACGGUUGAUACGCUAAGAAAUCAGUUCUACUCUUUACCGAAACCGGAUCCGGCGGAAUGUGUGGUGUUCGGAGAUCCUUCCAACGCUGCUAAAAAUAGAUACAGUAAUGUUCCAUGCUUGGACACGUCACGAAUUCUCCUCGAAUUUCUACUUUUCGAGGAUGGUGGAGGAUAUAUUCACGCGAAUCGAGUCACAUAUCCGUUUUUACGAAAUCAGUUCAUUCUGACGCAGGGUCCAUUGCCAAGAACGGUGCCAGAAUUUUGGCGUAUGAUAUGGCAAGAAAAAGUUGAAACGAUAAUAAUGCUUUGUAAAAAUGUCGAGAACGGGAAACGGAAGUGCGCUGAGUAUUUCUCAAACUAUUUCGAUAUUCCAAGCUCCUAUGUGAACGGACAACUUACGAUAUUUCUACGAGGACGUUACCAAGAGAGUGAUAUGAUCAUAUCAACGAUGGAGCUGAGAUAUCUCUCCAACAGUCGGACGAUAAUCCACUAUCAAUGGGUUGCAUGGCCAGAUUGUCAGGCUCCUGCUGAAAAUGUACAUUCUAUGUUUACAAUGCUAAGACGAGUUCGAGGUAGCAAGACACCAGUAGAGGAAUCAUCGACGCCAUCAGCUCACGUGCAGGGGUCAACCCUUUUAACGCCUGAAGAGCAGCGCAAGCAGAAGAUGAGGACUCUUAAGUUUCAGCUCGACUACGUUCUGGCGAGGAACAUUCCUCAGUCAGAUAUCCGAAAAUCUAAAGCUGUUUGGGACGUCGCGUUCGACUCUGACCACCGUCCAGUUCUUCUCCGCUUCAAGAUACGGUUCCACAAGAGAAACCGAGAAGUUCCUCUUCAACUGAAAAUCGACAUGGCAGGUCUGAAAGACGAUGAAUGCAGAACAAAAUUCCGCCAACGUGUGUCCAUUCAUGUUGGAGUACGGACCAAGAAGAAGCUUAGCGAUGCGGAUUCUUUCACAAAGUGCAUCCAGGACGCCGCAAGGGACACGCUCCUGGUUCUACUGCCGCGGAAGAAGUUUGCCUUUGCAUCUGCCUUGAAACAGUUUGCUUUUGAAACAUCCACAUACAAUUCUGUAUGUGUCGCGCGCAGCGCUGGUGACUUCAACCAGGAAAAGCGUCUUAGAAGGAAGCUGCGUCGUCAACUGCAACAAGACCGCGAUAACGAGUGGACGUCAAGAGCGAUGGAGUUUGAGAAGGCGUGGGAGGACAGGAACCCGCGGAAAGCCUAUGCUCUACUAAAACAGUAUAGCGGCAAAAUGAAAAGAUGUUCCCCUGUCCUCAACACUGCUAAGGGGGUAGCUGUCGGUGAAGCAACCCUUCCAAUUUGGAAGGAACACUUCAAGACCUUGCUGAACCGGCUAGUACCGUCAGCUCCUGCAUCAGUACCGCAUAUAUCGGUCUAUGAACUCGAGCACGUUCAUAGACCGACAUAUGCGGUUAACGAGGAGCCAUCGACCGAGUCGGAGGUCCUGGUCUGUAUUCAAAAAACGAAGAAUGUAAAAUUUGGUGGAGACGACGGGAUUAGCACAGAAAUGCUAAAAUAUCUUCCUCCGUCUGGGAUUCGUGAGAUGACAAAGAUCAUCCGUUCAAUAUGGAUAGACGAAAGGAUACCUGAUUCGUGGAGACACGCUAUCAUAAUUCCCCUCCACAAGAAGUUAUCCGUCACGGACCCCAGGAAUUAUCGAGGAAUCUCUUUGCUGCGUGUUAUGUACAAGGUACUGGAGCGCAUUAUCCUGGACCGACUUAUUAAACAUCGCGAAGAAACAACGCGCGACGAGCAAGCUGGCUUUCGUCCUGGCCGAUCUACGAUUGACCAGGUGUUCAUCGUCAGGAGAGUGAUCGAAAUCUGGCAGCGGUAUUCGAAGCCAAUGCAACUAGCGUUUCUGGACUUUGAAGCCGCGUUCGACUCUCCUUAG